UUCCGUCAGUUACCACAGAGACGCCGUGAGGGGUGCACGCGUUAUUUUUUAAUUUUCGCGGGAACCGAUCCGAGGUUUCUCUAUACGAAAUAUCUGUGAAUCAAGAAAAUAAUAAUUGAUCGAUUGUAUUGUGUUUUCGUUAAAGUGCAGUGUUUUCAAAGGUUGUCAGUGCGUUUUGAGGAGUUUUCCCCCAAAAGUUUUCGGAAAUUUAUGGAAAAUAAAAAGUUUUAACGGUGUCCCGAGGCGAUGAUCGUUGUCCGGUAUUUUGUACGGGGUUUGUAAAAAAUUCAGCUGUUCAAGCGAAUGGUGCUGAUUAAUUUGAUGAUGUAAAUUAGCAUAUCUGAGGUAUUUGGAUUUCUGUAUUCUAUUUUUAAAUAUUAACUUCGUGUCGAUACAUGAAGCAAACAAAAUAAUGAAACCGAAAAAAUGAGAUAAAUCAACUGUAAAAUGGUAAAAGAGAUCGUGCAAGCGAUUCUCUCAUCAAACUUUGUUAAGACAGCCUGGUGCAAAGAAAAAUCGUAUGCGAAAGCAAACUUUAGGAAGAGACGUGGACUUCGGACUCGAAAAGAAGAAAAUGAAAAACCUAGUGAAUCUAUGGACUAUGCUCAAACACACAAGAUUAAAGAAAAUCCUAAAAAAAUAGUUUAUAAAUUUAACAUGCCUAUUUUAGUUUCAUUCCUCAUUUUGUACGUGUGUUUAUUUAAUGUGAUAGUUAAGUGUGAUGUUAGUGCUAAUAAUUAUAAUGUUAAAACAUCUAAAGACAAAGUAAGUCAAUAUAAAGUAAAUAAUUUAAAUGGCGAUGUCGCUAAAUUGCGUCGCAACUUAGACAACAAAGUUUAUGGCAAGAAUCUCAUCAAGAGUACAACGUCAGUGCAAGACGCAGACGAUGAGGAAAAAUCGGAAAAAUAUUCUCCUGAUGUAGUUGAGCUGGAUAAGUAUUACACUUAUCAUAAGGGUGAAGAGAAUUCAACUAACGACACUGACAUAAUACAAAUAAUGAAAGAUCCUUACGAUGAAUCACAGGCAGUGGGAUAUCCCCAUGAUUUAGUAAAUAGUCAUUACUAUGUUAAAAGAACAAAUUACAAUCUCCGAGCCGAAAGUCAUCAAUUUCAUGAAAAAAUUGUGAAACUAGGUGUUUUACUGCCCACUGAUCCGAAUGAAGUAUUUUCACUAGUUAAAGUUCUGCCGAUAGUAGAAAUGGCGAUACAAGCAAUGACUAAACCCGACGGACCAUUGCCGGGUUGGAAGAUCCUGGUUGACUACAGAGACACAAGAUGCUCAUCGGUUUAUGGACCACUUGCAGCUUUUGAGUUUUAUGUCAAUGGCUCAGCUGAUGCGUUCAUUGGACCGGGCUGCGAGUACGUGAUAGCUCCUGUAGCAAGAUACGCUGGACAAUGGGGAAUCCCUGUAUUAACAGCGGGUGCACAGGCAGAAACUUUUGUAUACAAACAGCCGAGUUACAUGACAUUGACGCGCAUGAUGGGAAGUUAUACACAAGCCGGUGUCGCCAUCAGGAAAAUUUUCGAGGAGUUCAACUGGCGCAAACUAGGGAUGCUCUACCACAACUACGCUCCAUCCAGCGGCAAAGGCAACAGUCCUUGCUUUAUGACCCUCAGUGCAUUCUCCUCAGUACUCAAGAAAAAGAGCACCGAGAGUAUUCCAAGCUUUCGUUUCGACGAAACUUUGCUAACAACAGCAGAAAUAAAAGAGCUCCUACAAUCACUUUCUCUUAGCACAAGAAUUGUGGUGGUAUGCGCCAACCCCAGCACAGUGAGGGAGAUAAUGUUGGCGGCCGAUGACCUCAAUAUGGUGUCCUCCGGAGAGUACGUCUUCUUCAACAUUGAAUUGUUCUCCAAUCUGGCAUCAGCAUCGUCCAAAGAGCCGUGGAAGGUGGAGGGCGACACUGAUGAGCGGAAUGAGCGAGCGAGACGAGCGUAUAGUGCUGUUCUCACUGUCACCAGCCCGGCGCCGGAGAAAAAGGAAUAUUUAGAAUUUUCUGAUGAGGUAAAAAGACGGGCUCAAACUAAAUACAACUACACAUUCGGCAAGGGCGAGGUCGUGUCGACGUUUGUAGCGGCCUUCUACGACGCCGUCCUCCUGUAUGCGUUGGCCCUUAACGACACUUUGCGGCAGGCGGACAACCCUCGGGGUCAGCUGGACGGAGCCGCCGUUAUAAAGAACAUGUGGAACAGGACUUUCCAAGGCAUCACGGGCGAAGUGAUAAUAAACGCAAAUGGCGACCGUGUGGCGUCGUACUCUCUCCUGGAUAUGAAUCCGAGCACCAGUAAAUUCGAGGUGGUAGCAACGUACGUGGCAGCCAACUCUUCACUCCAGUUCAUAGAAAACCGCCCUAUCCACUGGGCGGGCGGGCGGACGUCCCCCCCGCCUGAUACCCCCAGCUGUGGCUUUGACGGCUCCCUCUGCCCUGACAACUCUCUGCCCGUGUACGCCAUUUUGAGCAUCGUGCUGAGUUCUGUCGUGGUCAUAUUGGCAACACUGUCGGUGUUCAUUUAUAGACAUUACAAACUAGAGGCUGAGAUAGCAAUGAUGACGUGGAGGGUUGGUUGGAGCGACGUCCUGCUGCCCGGCGGUCGGCUGCGAGGCAGCAUGCAUUCGUUGGCUCGAAGGUACAGCUCGGGGACGGCAUAUUCUGACGAAGUCACUUCCCUGGCAGGCGAUCGCCAAGUCUACGCUCCGUGCGGUUUCUACAAAGGCUGUCGAGUCGCUAUCAAGAAGGUUGAUAAGCAGAGGGUUGAUUUAACGAGGCCCCUCCUUCUAGAACUUAAAAAGAUGAAAGAUCUGGAACAUGACCACUUAGCGAGGUUCUAUGGCGCUUGCGUCGACCCCCCGCAUUGUUGUCUGCUUACGGAGUACUGCCCUAAAGGAUCUCUACAGGAUAUUUUGGAAAACGAUACUAUAAAAUUGGAUUGGAUGUUCAAAGUCAGCUUGAUGCAUGAUAUUGUGAAGGGAAUGCACUAUCUGCACAGCAGUGACAUCAAAUCCCACGGCGCGCUCAAGUCUAGCAAUUGUGUUGUGGACUCUCGCUUUGUACUCAAAAUAACUGACUUUGGUCUCAAUGCACUGCGGACAUCGGAGAAAGAUGCAAGGGCCCAUAGUUAUUGGACUCGAAUGCUCUGGACAGCACCAGAACUGCUGCGGAUGGCUGAACCCCCUCCCGAGGGUACCCAGAAGGCAGACGUUUACUCCUUCGGCAUCAUCAUGCACGAGAUAGUGAACAGACAGGGCGCGUUUUGGCUCGGACCUGGCAUUGAGCUGUCUCCUAAAGAAAUAAUAGACGCAGUCAUCGGUAGCUGCCUACGUCCCAACACCACUUACAACAGAUCGUGUGAAGCCGAUGACGCAGCCGAGCUCAUGCGACGAUGCUGGGCUGAGGACCCCACAGAGAGGCCUGACUUUGGACAUAUUAAAGGCGCAGUACGCCGCCUUAAUAAAAGUCAAGAGAGUAGCAAUAUAUUGGACAAUUUGCUUUCCCGUAUGGAACAAUAUGCUAAUAAUUUAGAAUCAUUAGUAAGUGAGCGCACUCAAGACUAUCUAGAAGAGAAGAAGAAAUGCGAGGAGCUAUUAUACCAGUUACUGCCAAAGUCAGUAGCGUCUCAACUAAUCAACGGCCAAUCAGUGGUCGCUGAAACAUUCGAACAAGUCACUAUAUACUUCUCCGACAUCGUCGGCUUCACCGCUCUCUCCGCCACCUCCACUCCGAUGCAAGUGGUCGAUCUCCUCAAUGAUUUGUACACCUGCUUCGAUUCUAUUGUCGAGAACUACGAUGUUUAUAAGGUGGAAACAAUAGGUGACGCAUACAUGGUGGUGUCAGGGUUACCGGAACGGAAUGGUACUCGACACGCUUGCGAAGUGGCGCGGAUGUCGCUGGCUUUGUUGGAUGCGGUACGUCGGUUCAGGAUCAGGCAUCGACCGCUUGAUCAACUGAAACUACGGAUUGGAUUACAUUCUGGUCCAUGUGUGGCUGGUGUUGUUGGCUUGAAGAUGCCGCGAUACUGCCUGUUCGGAGAUACGGUGAACACAGCUUCAAGGAUGGAAUCCAAUGGUGAAGCAUUGAAAAUACACGUUUCACCGACGACGAAGGCGUUGCUCGACACCUUCGGGACAUUCAAGCUGGAAUGUCGAGGAGAAGUAGCAAUGAAGGGUAAAGGAGUUCUAGUCACGUAUUGGUUAUUAGGAGAAAUAAUAGAUCCAAACGCUCCAAAGGAGAAGGCACCAUUAGUGAAAUUACAAAGUCAAUCUAAAAACAGCGGUUCGCUAUCGCAUCUAACGCCAUUCAGGCAACGACUGGAUCAUGGAUCAAGAUCAUCCAGCAGACGUGGCUCAGGGGUCAUUUUCCAAAAGCAACCAGAUGUAACGAAAUUGGAAAAAGAAGCUCAACCAAUUUUGCAGCUCAUAAAGAUGCAGCGACAACAUUCCGAUCCAACUGAACCUGUGUCGAACGGUGUGACGGAUGUUGAAGAAUUCGAUAAAGAUACAUUAUCCAAUUCAAUAUCACUGAACGUAAACUCAGUCAAUCACAACAAUGUAAUGUCUGGACAACCUAAAGUCAAACUUAAGGAUUGUCAGAUGAAUUCCAUUGGAAAUCACAAAGCGAAUAAGAUAGGUAAUAACAAUUGGAUACCCAAGUUACCAACCGCAAGUUCCUUUGAUAACGGCGCUAGGAAAGUUAAUGAGUGUCUCAAAGACUAUAGUAGUGUACCAUUAUUGUCUAAAGCUGAUAAACCAAAUGAUUCAAUUGUUUAAAUUAUAAAAUUUGUACUUAAAAAGAUUCUACUUUUUUUAGAAAGUAUAUGUCACCUAUGUUUAAUAUGCUAAAUUAUAGUUAUUGAUGUUCUGUUAAGCUGUUAACCUUUUGAAAUUAAAACUGAACGUGUAAUAGACAUAGUUAUAUGUGAAUCAAUGGCCCUCUAAAUAUUUAUAUAGACUAAUAUAUUCCUCAACUUAACGUAAGCAACUUUAUUAGUAUUUUUAAAUGUUAGUACCUAUUAGGCAAUUUGAUAUAUGAUAUCUCUAUACUUUGUUGUGUAAAUACUGUUUCUAUAAUGUGAGUUAGUGAGUUCCAUACAGCUUUUGUCAACACAAAUCUAACGUUUUCUUUGGAUAUGUGUACCUAUCUUUCCGCAGCUUUUGCGGAUAAAAGUAAAAUAAUGAGGUUAAGUGUGUUAUUAAUAAACUAUUUGCAUUUGCGUAGAAAUUGUGUAUAGUGUUGAAUAAAUGUAACUACGUUCAAUCGAUAAACAAGUGUAAGAAUUCCCUAAAAAUUAUUAAAAUGAUCUAGUAAUCUAUAUCAUGGACGAUAUUUUUAUAUAACAAAAGUGAACUGCUAUUCAUGUGAUAUUAUAAAAUUGUUUUGAACCCAUAUUAUUUAUUUAGGUACGCGUAACUAACCCAUAUUCAAAUAAUAUCAUGAGAUACCCACAUUAAAAAAAAAAUGUAGGUAUGCCAUUAAAUUUUCAUUUUAGUAUUUUUUUUAUUACGUCUAAAGGCGAAUUGACGCUUAAUUGCAAUCUUACGUUGUUAAAUGACAAUCAAUGAUGUUCGAAAAAGACGGGUAGAUAGCGCAAGUAGCACGUGAAAACUAUGCUAAUUAGCAAACCUGAACUCAGUCACCGUCAUCGUGCAAUAGACAACGCUGCUGAAAUAGUUUUUGUGUGAGUUGUAAACAUCAAAUGUGGUUUAUGUAACCUAUCAUUGGUGAUAAUGCCUAAUGAUAUAAUAGUAGGGCUCUUAGAGAAACGGCAGAAAUCAUUCAAGUUUUCAAGUUAUAACCUCUAAUCUUUUCUAUACCAAAUUAUACGGAACAGAUACGAAUACUAGUUAUACAGAAACCUGUUAGUACCUAUACAAAUUACCAACAAUUCUCUCUAUUAUUUCCAACUUAUUAAAUUUGCUAUUGAAUAUAAAUUUUAUAAAAUUAGAAUCGUUAAUAAUGAAUGUGACAAAUGUACUUAAUUUAUAAUAUCUAGGUAUAUUUUAUGUAACUGUUGAUUGCACUUUUUAACUUUUGUAGAGUUCUUAGAUAACUAUUGGAUAGAAGCAGGCGUUACUUUGCGGAAGUUCAUCAUGAUUAUAUAAUGAUUUAUUUAUUUUGCUAUCAUCGACUUUUCGCGGAUGAUAGCAAAAUAAAUAAAUCAUUAUAUAAUUCUUAAAUAACCUUAUAUCCAAUACGGGAUGACCAAUACCUUCGUCUGUAAUUUCUAUAAGAAUUACUGAUCCGAUUUGAACAGAGCUUUUAAAAUCUCCUUUGCUAGUUACGUGACUUCCUAAAACGAUAAUCUUAGCUGAAAUUAUCUUUUUUCUUUCGUUUACAGUCACAACAAUAUCAAGUUGUAUUAUACGGCUUAUAUUUCAUUUUACUUAAUUAUUUACUUAUUGCAAAACAAAAUGCAAUCAAAGUUACAUUACUAGACAUUAAGAUUAAUUUAAACUAUUUAUUAUUUUGUCUUAAGCGAUGAUAGAUUGUAAAUAAUAUUUUUUAUUCAUUGUAUAUAGUAAUUAUUUAGUUAAUUAUAAUUUUAUUGUGAUUCUAGCUAAUGGUUGUAAAUGUGUAUUCUGUUACGUGGCCGGUGUAAAAGACGAAAUUCAAUGUUCUAAACUUUAAUAGUAAAUAAAAUGAGUGAGAAUUA